AAACACAUUUAAAAUAAUCCACAUUUUUAAAAUUCCCUAAAAAUUUCAACAGCAAACGAUGUCUCGUCGCUCGAGUCGUGGGGCGACUGAUGGCAGAGCUGGCAGAGACUUUUUCCAUCGCCAGAGCAUGACCUAUCUGGACACGAUAAUAGAGAAGCUGUUGUCGGACGGCGCGAAUCCGCGGGCCAACGAGCUGACCGAGAAUGAGCUGACGGACAUUUGCAUGUCGGCAAGGUCGCUGUUCCUCUCGCAGCCGAUGCUGCUGGAGCUGAGUGCGCCGGUGAAGAUCUGCGGGGACAUACAUGGGCAGUACAAGGACCUGGUGAGGAUAUUCAAGAAGUGCGGCUAUCCGCCGAGUGCCAACUACCUGUUCCUCGGGGACUACGUGGACCGGGGCCAGAACUCGAUCGAGACACUCACCCUUCUGCUGGCCUACAAGUUGCGCUACCCGCUGAAUUUCUUCCUGCUGCGGGGCAACCACGAGUCGCCGGAGUUGAACCAGAUCUACGGCUUCUUCGACGAGUGCAAGAGGCGCUACAGCAUCAAGAUGUGGCGCUCCUUUGUCGACUGCUACGCCUGCAUGCCGGUGACAGCCAUUGUGUCCGACAGGAUCUUCUGCGUGCACGGGGGCCUCAGUCCGGACCUGAAUACGCUCGAUGAUAUCCGGAAUUUGAAGCGACCCGCCGACGUGCCCGGCACCGGUCUGCUCUGUGACCUGCUGUGGUCCGAUCCGGACUCCACCACUGAUGGCUGGGGUUGGAACGAGCGCGGCGUUAGCGUCACCUUCGGCCACCUCAUUGUGGAGCGCUUCCUGCGGCAGUACAACUUCAACCUGAUCGCCCGAGCCCAUCAGGUCGUGGCGGAUGGCUAUGAGUUCUUUGCUAACCGCCAGCUAGUGACCAUCUUCUCGGCCCCCAACUAUUGCAACAUCUUCGACAACUGCGGCGCCGUUCUGGUCGUGGACGACUCUCUGGUCUGUCACUUCACCAUCAUUCGACCAGAUCAUUCGCCUCCCUUCAUUGUGAGGAAAGGGCAGAAUACUCCGAGCGCCACACCACCGCCGGCUGGACAGGAGUCCAAAGGUUGACUGGGAUUUUGUUUUUAUUCAUAAUCGUGGAAAAUAAAUGUCUGGACAUAUUUUGGAAUUCAUUU